GCCGCCGCCGCCCGCGCCGCGUCCCCGGGAGCGUCUGACGAGUCGCGGGCCGCGGCCGGCUCGGGCGCCGCAUCGCGCCGGCCGCCGCCGCCCGACGAAGCCCGGGAGCCGCUCGCCGCUCGCCGCCGCCCGAUGUCCUCAAGAUGGAGGCGGCGGGGCCGGCGGCGUGAAGAGAGCAGCGCGGCGGGCGCGGGGGCCCGGGCGGCCCGGGCGGCCCGGGCGGCGGCGGCGCGGGCGGGAUGGGGCCGCUGCUGCUGCUCCUGGCGGCCGCCGCGCUCGGCUCCCUCCUCACGCUGCUCGCCCAGGCCCUGCUGCUCUGCCGCCGGCGGCCCGCGCCGCCGCCCGACGAGGCCGCCCGCGCGGGCGACGGCUUCCGCUACCUGCAGCCGGUGCCGGGCCUGGCCCUGAGGGACUACCUCUUCGGCGGCGGCGCCGACGAGCCCGCGGAGGGCGGCGCGGCCCCCGGCCCGGGCCCCGAGGCGCCCGCGCCGCCCGCGCCGCCGACGCGGGAGACCUGCUACUUCCUCAACGCCGCGGUGCUGUUCCUGUUCCGCGAGCUGCGGGACACGGCGCUCGCGCGCCGCUGGGUCACCAAGAAGAUCAAGGUGGAGUUCGAGGAGCUGCUGCAGACCAAGACGGCCGGGCGCCUGCUGGAGGGGCUGAGCCUGCGGGACGUGUUCCUGGGCGAGACCGUGCCCUUCAUCAAGACCGUGCGCCUGCUGCGGCCCGUGGUGCCCGCGGCCGGCGGCGACCCCGACGGCCCCGAGGGGGAGGCGCCGCCCGCCGCGAGCCCCGAGGAGCUGGCCUUCGAGGCGGAGGUGGAGUACCACGGCGGCUUCCACCUGGCCAUCGACGUGGACCUGGUGUUCGGCAAGUCGGCCUACCUGUUCGUCAAGCUGUCCCGGGUGGUGGGGCGGCUGCGCUUCGUGCUGACGCGCGUGCCCUUCACCCACUGGUUCUUCUCCUUCGUGGAGGACCCGCUGAUCGACUUCGAGGUGCGCUCCCAGUUCGAGGGGCGGCCCAUGCCCCAGCUCACGUCCAUCAUCGUCAACCAGCUCAAGAAGAUCAUCAAGCGCAAGCACACGCUCCCGAGUUACAAGAUCAGGUUUAAGCCAUUUUUUCCAUUCCAAACCUUGCAAGGAUUUGAAGAUGAUGAUGAAGAGCAUAUCCAUAUACAGCAAUGGGCACUUACUGAAGGCCGCCUUAAAAUCACAUUGCUAGAAUGUAGCAGGUUACUCAUUUUUGGAUCCUAUGACAGAGAAGCAAAUGUUCAUUGCACACUUGAAUUGAGCCGUGGUGUUUGGGAAGAAAAACAAAGGAGUUCUAUUAAGACGGUUGAAUUAAUAAAGGGGAAUUUACAGAGUGUUGGGCUUACACUUCGUCUUGUCCAGUCAACCGACGGGUAUGCUGGACAUGUCAUAAUUGAGACUGUGGCCCCAAACUCGCCUGCUGCAAUCGCUGAUCUUCAACGAGGAGAUCGACUAAUUGCCAUUGGAGGUGUGAAAAUCACAUCUACACUGCAAGUGUUGAAACUUAUCAAGCAGGCUGGUGACCGAGUGCUGGUAUAUUAUGAAAGACCUGUUGGCCAGAGCAAUCAAGGUGCAGUGCUGCAAGAUACUUUGGGACAGUUAGAAGAAAACUUUCCGUCAAGCUCAUGCCAAACAAAUUAUGAAGAGGAAACAGCUGGCUUGGCAGUAGAUGCUGAAAACAAAGAUCUAGAUUCUGAAUUUGAAGACUUGGCAAGUGAUGUUAGAGCACAAAAUGAGUUCAGAGAUGACACACAGUCAAUAAGUCAUAGUCCCAAACGCACGCCGACCACACUUUCUGUGAAGCCCCUUGGAACUAUAUCACCUGUUUUAAAUCGCAAAUUAGUUGCUGGAAGUCACCCACCACUACCAAAACUUCCAUCCAAGGAAGGAAAUAAACCCUUAACCCUAAAAACUUCUGAGAUAACGGACCCAGCACAAGUGUCAAAAUCCACUCAAGGAUCCACUUUCAAACCACCUGUGCCACCACGACCACAAGUGAAAGUUUCUUUGCCUUCUGCUGACAUCCCAAAUCAGGCAGAACCAGAUGUUCUUGUUGAAAAACCAGAGAAGGUACUACCUCCUCCAGCAGCAGAUAAAUCCGAGAAGCAAGCAAAAAAUAUGGAUCAUGUAGAAGAUACAGGUACACCUAAGCAGUUUUUAGCAAAGCAAGAAGUGGCAAAAGAUUGUAUAUCAGAAAGCUCUUGCCCUGCUAAAGAUGCUUCUGAUGACCCUCAGACUUGGGAAUCGCCAGAAAUUCCUUACCGGAAUAAGCUAGGGAAGUGGACAAGAACCAGAGCGACCUGUGUCUUUGACAUAGAAGCCUGUCACAGAUACUUAAACAUUGCACUGUGGUGCAGGGAUCCUUUCAAAUUAGGGGGUCUCAUCUGUUUAGGACAUGUUAGUUUAAAACUUGAAGAAGUGGCUUUAGGAUGCCUGGCGACAUCAAAUAUGGAAUACCUUUCCAAAUUCAGGCUGGAAGCGCCGUCGCCAAAGGCUAUGGUCAGCAGAACUGCACUGCGCAAUCUGAGUAUGCAAAAGGGAUUCAAUGACAAAUUUUGCUUUGGUGACAUCACUCUUCACUUCAAAUAUUUGAAAGAAGGAGAAGCAGCCCACCAGACAGUUACUAACGUAGAGAAAGAAAAAGAACUCCAUUUGGUCGAAGAGCUCUCUCCCCUACCUAAAGAGGAACAGCUUGUUGGGCAGGUGGGUUUCGCAGAAAAUAAACACAGCUUCCAGGAUACUCAGUUCCAGAACCCAACUUGGUGUGAUUACUGUAAGAAAAAAGUUUGGACUAAAGCUGCUUCCCAGUGUAUGUUCUGUGCUUACGUUUGCCAUAAAAAAUGUCAGGAAAAGUGUCUAACUGAGACUCCCCUUUGUGGAGCAACUGAUAGGCGGUUAGACCGGACCCUGAAGAACCUCAGGCUGGAAGGGCAAGAAAGCCUCCUGAGCCUGCCACCUCGUGUGGAUGCUGAAACUAGCAAAUCAGUCAAUAAAACAACAGGUUUGACAAGACAUAUCAUCAAUACUAGCUCUCGUUUGUUAAAUUUGCGUCAAGUCUCUAAAACUCGCCUUUCUGAACCAGGAACUGAUCUAGUAGAACCCUCACCAAAACACACACCCAACACAUCCGACAACGAAGGCAGUGACACAGAGGUCUGUGGUCCAAACAGUCCUUCUAAACGGGGAAACAACACAGGGAUAAAGUUAAUGAGAAAGGAGGGAGGUCUGGAUGACAGUGUUUUCAUUGCAGUCAAAGAAAUUGGCCGUGACCUGUACAGGGGUCUCCCUACAGAGGAAAGGAUUCAGAAACUAGAGUUUAUGCUGGAUAAACUACAGAAUGAAAUUGAUCAGGAGCUGGAACAUAAUAAUUCCCUUGUUAGAGAAGAAAAAGAGACAACUGAUACAAGGAAAAAAUCACUUCUCUCGGCUGCUUUGGCUAAAUCAGGUGAAAGACUACAAGCUCUAACACUUCUUAUGAUCCACUACAGAGCAGGCAUUGAAGAUAUGGAAUCUUUAGAAAGUCUGUCGUUAGACCAGCCCUCCAAAAAAAUGAGCAAGUAUACAGAUGAUACAGAAGAAGAUCUUGAUAGUGAACUAAGCCAACUAAUCGAGGGUCAGCCAUUCAGCAGCAUGUCAGAUGACCUCUUCGGCCCAUCUGAGUCUGUGUAACAAGUCUGUUUAAAUUUUCAAGUGAUUGAGGAAAAGGUGCAUCUGAAGUAGCACAGAUGCCACCAUGUUAAGCCCUCUUGCACUUCGGCCUGCUUCUCCACAAUUAUUUGCUUGUGUAAGAACAAAAAUGAGAUAGUUUUCUAGCAGAAACAUUACCGGUUCACUA